GCUCCGUACUGGACCUCCUCGGCCAAGAUGGAGAAGAAGCUGCACGCCGUGCCGGCUGCCAACACGGUGAAGUUUCGCUGUGCUGCAGGAGGGAACCCCCGACCCAAACUCCGCUGGCUGAAGAACAGCCGGCCUUUCCGCCAAGAGGACCGCAUGGGAGGGUACAAGGUACGCAGCCAGCACUGGACCCUGAUCAUGGAGAGCGUGGUGCCCUCAGAUAAAGGCAACUACACCUGUCUGGUGGAGAACGAGUUCGGAGCCAUCAACCACACCUACACCCUGGACGUAGUGGAGCGCUCUCCUCAUCGGCCCAUCCUCCAGGCCGGCCUCCCCGCAAACACCACCGUGCUCGUCGGGGAGGACGCCCGCUUCGUCUGCAAGGUUUACAGCGACGCACAACCUCACAUCCAGUGGCUGAAACACAUCACUCAGAACGGCAGCCGCUACGGCCCCGACGGACACCCCUACGUCCGGGUCUUAAAGACUGCAGGUGUUAACACUACAGAUAAGGAGAUAGAAGUUCUCUACUUGCCCAAUGUAACAUAUGAGGAUGCUGGGGAGUAUACGUGCUUGGCGGGUAAUUCUAUUGGGAUCUCCUUUCACACUGCUUGGUUGACGGUGCUUCCAGCUCCGGAGAAACCCCUCGGCCCGCUCUCCCCCGACUACGUGGAGAUCGCCAUCUACUGCGCGGGCGUCUUCCUCAUCGCCUGCAUGGUGGGCAUCGUGGUCGUGUGCCGCAUGAGGAACACGGCCAAGAAACCCGACUUCGGAGGCCAGCCGGCCGUCCACAAACUGAGCAAGCAGAUCCCUCUGCGCCGCCAGGUGUCAGCUGACUCGAGCUCAUCCAUGAACUCCAGCACGCCGCUGGUACGCAUCACGACACGGCGGAGCUCGGCGCACGACGACCCGAUACCGGAGUACGACCUACCGGAGGAUCCACGCUGGGAGUUUUCCAGAGACAGGUUAACUCUGGGUAAACCCCUCGGCGAAGGCUGCUUCGGUCAGGUGGUCAUGGCGGAGGCUCUGGGCAUCGAUAAGGACAAACCCAAGGAGGCUGUGACCGUCGCAGUCAAGAUGCUGAAAGGCGAGUGUGUCCCGAUCCGCUGUGACGUUCCAGAGCUCAGGGUUCAUGGCGGGUUACCCGGAAAACGGCUCAGAUACGACGCCACGGAGAAGGACCUGUCCGACCUGGUGUCAGAGAUGGAGAUGAUGAAGAUGAUCGGCAAACACAAGAACAUCAUCAACCUUUUGGGGGCGUGCACGCAAGAAGGACCCCUGUACGUGAUCGUGGAGUACGCCUCCAAAGGGAACCUGAGGGAGUACCUGCGUGCUCGCCGGCCGCCCGGCAUGGAGUACUCGUACGACAUCGCCCGAGUCUCCGACGAGCAGCUCACCUUCAAAGACCUGGUGUCCUGCACCUACCAGGUGGCUCGAGGGAUGGAGUACUUAGCAUCACAAAAGUGUAUACACAGAGACCUGGCAGCCAGGAACGUUCUCGUCACAGAGAGCAACAUCAUGAAGAUCGCUGACUUCGGCCUGGCCCGAGACGUCCACAACAUCGACUACUACAAAAAGACGACUAAUGGUCGACUCCCGGUGAAAUGGAUGGCUCCAGAGGCUCUGUUCGACCGGGUCUACACACACCAGAGUGACGUCUGGUCGUUCGGGGUGCUGAUGUGGGAGAUCUUCACCCUGGGGGGGUCUCCGUACCCGGGCAUCCCCGUAGAGGAGCUCUUCAAGCUGCUGAAAGAGGGACAUCGCAUGGACAAGCCUGGAAACUGCACCAAUGAGCUGUACAUGAUGAUGAAGGACUGCUGGCACGCCAUCUCGUCACAGAGACCGACCUUCAAGCAGCUCGUAGAGGAUCUGGAUCGGAUCCUGUCCCUCAGCACCAACGAGGAGUACCUGGACCUGUGCGCCCCCACGGAGCAGUAUUCCCCCAGCUUCCCCGACACCCGCAGCUCCUGCUCCUCAGGCGAUGACUCGGUGUUUUCCCACGACCCGUUACCGGAUGAGCCCUGCCUCCCCAAGUACCAGCACAUCAACGGGAAUGUCAAAACAUGAGACCACACCCCCUUUACCCCGCCAAACCUACCCCCAAAUCACACACACCCCCCCAUCUCCUGAACACCUUCUCUCUGGUGCCUGGUGGACUAACGGACCUGGAGGAGUGCUGCUGUCACACACUUUCACUGCCAUGCACACACACACACACACACACUCACACCUGAGGUCUUAAAGGAGAGGAACAUGGACCAUAUUUGGACUGACAUUCCUCCUCCUCCUCCUCCUCCUCCUCCUCCUCGUCUCCCACAGACUGUUUGUGUUCGGAGGUUUUGUUUUACAAUCGACGACUCGUUUGGCGAUCCAUUCCAGCGGCUGGCAUUCCAAGACUGUUUUCUGCUCCUGGAGGAAUGUAUGAACUUCAAAAAAAAAAAAAAAAGAGAGAGGGAUUAAAAGGAGGACAGAGAGACGAACUUUGACUAACAAACAGAGGAAUAGAAGGAGAGCUCAUAUAGAAACUCUCUCCUGUUUAUUUUGUAAUAUUGAUGCAUUUCUUUUUCACUCUCUUGGUAAAAACUUCCCAAUUAUCCUGGAGGAAAUGAAUACACAGUAUGAUGUAUAGUGCUGGGUAUAUUUGUAAAUAUAUUCAAAAUGUAUAAAUAUAUAUUAUAUAUUUACAAUGAAUUAUUUUUUUGUAUGGAAAUAACCCCGCCCUCCCUUCAGGCAGGUACGCUAACAGGUUGUGUCCUACAUUUCUCUCUCUACACACACACACACACACACAUGGAUACACACUUUAACACACACAUACACACACACACACACACACACACACACACACACACACACACACACACACACACACACACACACACCUGUCUUACUCUCAGUAACACAGAUGAGUAUUGGCUUUCAGGGACUGAGGUAGCAUGUUAAUUUAUUGACUUAUGUUUUUAUGAAAUGAAUCAAAUCGUCUGGAAAAAGCAGAAAUAAUGAAACGCAGAAUAAUCCGUUUAAUACAUGUGAGGUAAUUUAAACGAUCUUUCGGCAGUAACAGAUAAAACUAUUUUUAGAGGGUUUCUGAAAGAUCCAGGUUUUGUAAGUUUUAUAUAUGAAUGUGAAUAUUAAGUUAAAUUUAAAAAAAGUGUACAUUUUAUAGUCGGCUAAUCCCUUUUCUUACGUAGACGCCAUUUUUCUACCAGACGUUUGACUCUUUUUUUAGCCUCGCUGUAGGAAACAGAGAUUUCUGGAUAUUUAUAUACGAUGGACAGACGAACCUACUAGCAUCCACUCCCUCUCUUAGACUCUAGACUCCAAAUUGACUUUUGACAGGAUUGAAAGCUGAAAAACAAAGUAUUAAUCAUUCAAGUGUUUUUUUGUCUUUUUCUACUGGACCAACUUUAAGAUGUCGUUUUGCGAGUGUUCACCACACUGUGCGAAAUAAAUGAUGGAAAAAUA